CUCUCUCUCUCUCUCUCUCUCUCUCUUUCGCUUUCGCUUCUAGCUUAUUCUUUUUCUGGGCAGAGAGAGCUCUCGGGAAAGUUGUCAGUUCAUGAGGUAUGGAGCACAAAGUUGGAACCUUUUUCAUCUCCAGCUGAGCUAAAACCAGAAGGGUUAUCUAUUAUCAUCACUUCAUUUGCUGAUUUCUUGAACUGGUUCUCACUGUGAAUUUAAGAGAUUUAGGGUGAGGUAUUAUUUUUGCCUACUUUGGUUGGUCUCCUUUUUUGAAAUCCUUGGUUCUAUCUCUUUUUGGGAUUUGUUUUCAUUAGUUAAUUGCAGGUGGUGGGUUUAAAGUUCAGCAAGACUAAUGAUUCCAGGGUUUAUUGGAUUCCAAGCAAAAAAAGGUUUGAAGUGGGAGGUGGGUCUUUUGGAAUUGAUUUUUACUGGAAUAGUAAAACCAAGCAUGGUUUAGGUCUCCAUGGAAGUUCAUUUACAUGGUUGGCUGAAGGGUAGAAGGUAGUUUUUUAAGAAAGUUCAGAGGGAGAAGAUGAAGAGGAAGGAGACUCAAGAUUCAACAUCAAGCUCCACAACAAAUGGAAGAGCAAGGAGCAGCUGCUCAGCUCAAUCAAGACAAUCAGCACGUGCCAAAAUUGAUCAAACUCCAAUCGAUGCAAAGCUAGAUGAGGAGUUUGAGGAAUCGGAGCAGCACGCCUUUGACUACUCCACCUCGGUUAACCUCAACGCCUCAAAUUCCACCGGCAACAAUGUCCCUUCAUCUGAAGCAGUCUCAGCAUACCUCCAGAAGAUGCAAAGGGGCAGGCUCAUUCAGCCAUUUGGCUGCUUAAUUGCUGUUGAGGAACAAAGUUUCAAGGUCCUAGCUUACAGUGAAAAUGCUCAGGAGUUGCUGGACUUGGCACAGCUUGCUGUUCCAAGCAUGGGGCAGCAAGAGGCACUUGCUUUCGGUAUGGAUGUUAGAAGAUUCUUUCGUUCAUCUGGUUCAGCUGCCUUGCAGAAGGCUGCGAAUCAUCCAGAACUCAACCUCCUCAACCCGAUUUUAGUCCACUGCAAGACUUCAGGCAAGCCGUUCUAUGCCAUCCUUCAUAGAAUCGAUGUUGGGUUGGUUCUUGAUCUUGAACCGGUUAAUAUGUCCGACCUGCCAUUGACUGCUACUGGUGCAUUGACUUCUUACAAGAUUGCUGCUAAAGCCAUCUCGAAACUACAAUCUGUACCUAGUGGAAGUAUAAAUCUGUUAUGUGAUGUUCUAGUGAACGAACUUCGGGACUUAACAGGUUAUGAUAGAGUAAUGGUGUACAAAUUUCACGAUGAUGAGCAUGGUGAGGUUGUUGCAGAAUCUGUUAGGUCUGACUUGGAGCCGUAUCUUGGGUUGCAUUAUCCCGCUACUGAUAUCCCUCAAGCUUCGAGGUUUCUGUUUAUGAAGAAUAAAGUUAGAAUGAUAUGCGACUGCUUAGCUCCUUCUGUAAAGGUAACACAAGAUAAGAGCUUGGCUGAGCCAAUUAAUCUCUCCAGUUCAACUCUAAGAGCUCCACAUGGGUGCCAUGCUCAAUACAUGGCUAACAUGGGUUCCAUUGGAUCGCUAGUCAUGUCUGUUACUAUUAAUGAUAAUGAAGAUGGGAAUGACAUGGAAAGUGAUCUGCAGAUGGGGAGAAAGCUGUGGGGGUUGGUUGUUUGUCAUCAUACAACGGCGAGAUUUGUUCCAUUUCCGUUGAGGUACGCCUGUGAGUUCUUGAUUCAAGUUUUUGGUGUUCAGAUUAGUAAAGAAGUGGAGAUUGAAGCUCAGAGGAAAGAGAAGCACAUCAUACAAACUCAAACUUUGCUCUGUGACAUGCUUCUUAGAGAUGCUCCUGUAGCAAUUAUGACUCAGAAACCGAAUGUAAUGGAUCUUGUUAGAUGUGAUGGAGCUGCACUUCUCUAUAGGAAGAAAUGUUGGCUGCUGGGAGUUUCCCCGAGCGCUGAACAGAUGAAGGAUAUGGUGGAAUGGUUGCUUGAGUAUCAUGGUGAUAGCACAGGGUUAACUACGGAUAGUAUUAUGGAAGCCGGUUAUCCAGGAGCUUCAGUUCUUGCUGAUGCAAUUUGUGGCAUGGCUGCUAUAAGGAUAACUUCAAGAGACUUCCUCUUUUGGUUUAGAUCUCACACGGCGAAAGAGAUCAAGUGGGGUGGUGCGAAACACGACCCUGAUGAUAAGGACGGUGGUCUGAGAAAGAUGCAGCCGAGAUCUUCAUUCAAGGCAUUUCUAGAGGUGGUUAAGUGGCGGAGCUUGCCUUGGGAGGAUCUUGAAAUGGAUGCUAUUCAUUCUUUACAGCUGAUAUUGAAAGGCUCAUUGCAAGAUGAAGAUUUGGUCAAUGAUGAUUCGACAGUGAUUGUUCGUGUUCCUCCAUCAUCGUCUGAUAAGAGAAUCCAGAGGGUGGAUGAGUUGAGGAGAGUGACGAAUGAGAUGGUUCGUGUAAUAGAAACGGCUGCUGCUCCCAUCUUUGCUGUUGAUGGUUCAGGUUGUGUAAAUGGGUGGAAUUCAAAAGCAGCCGAACUUACUGGAUUGAGUGUAGAACAAGCAAUUGGAGUGCCUUUGGUUGAUAUUGUCGACGGCGACUCGAUUGAUGUGGUCAAAUCUGUUCUGUUGUUAGCUUCUGGAGGCAAAGAAGAGAAGAACAUGGAAAUCACCUUCAGAACGUUCGGUCCUAAGGAAAACGAUGGCCCGGUCUAUCUCGUGGUUAGUGCAUGCUGCAAUAGAGACGUCAAGGGAGUGAUAGCAGGGAUCUGCUUUGUCGGGCAAGAUCUCACUCGACAGAAGAUGGCCAUCGAUCAAUACAACCAUGUCAAGGGAGACUACCUAGGAAUCAUUCGGAACAAGUCUUCCCUCAUACCCCCCAUUUUUAUGAGCGACGAGCAUGGCAAAUGCAUAGAGUGGAAUGAAGCAAUGCAGAGUUUAACUGGCUUGAAGAGGGAAGAAGCUGUCGAUCGAUUACUUCUCGGUGAAGUUUUCUCCGCUGGUGAUACCUCUGGCUGCUGCCGGGUCAAAGGUCAUGACACUUUGACCAUGCUAAGGAUCUUACUGAACCAGGCACUCGCGGGCCAGGAUUCGCAGCCAUUGUUGUUCAGUUUAUUUGAUCAGCAUGGUAAAGAUCUCGACGCUGUAGUUUCUGCAAACGGGAGAACCAAUGGUGCAGAGGGUCGAGUUUCUGGCGUGCUAUUCUUUUUAUACGUACCGAGCAGAGAAUUACAGUAUGCUCUUCAGGUCCAGAAAAUCUCGGAACAGGCUGCAUCUACUAGUCUCAACAAGCUUACGUAUGUUCGUCAGGAGGUGCAGAAAGGCUUGAAUGGUUUGUCAUUUAUGCAUAAUCUAAUGAACAGUAGUGCAGAUUUGAACGAAGAGCAGAAGCAGCUUCUCAAGACAAACAAUUUAUGUCACGAACAGUUGACCACGAUAGUCAACGACACUGAUAUUGAGAAGAUUGAAGAACUGUAUCUGGAUCUUCGAACUGUAGAAUUUAAUCUUGCGGAAGCUUUAGACGUGGUAAUGAAGCAAGCAAUGAUAUUGAGUCGAGAACGAGGAGUUAAGGUUGUUUGUGAUUUCCCAGGUGAAGUGUCGUCCAUGAACUUGUAUGGAGAUAACUGGAGGCUUCAGCAAGUUCUGGCUGAUUUCUUGACGAAUUCAAUACUCUUCACCCCACGGUUCAAUGAAUCAUCAGUGUUGUUUAAAGUAGUGUGCCGGAAGGAACGAAUGGGAGUUAAAGUGCAGAUUGUCCACCUCGAGUUUCGAAUAAGCCAUCCAGCCCCUGGUGUGCCUGAAGAUUUAGUACGGGAGAUGUUUCACUCCCGGGGUAGAGGUACCUCGAGGGAAGGUCUCGGCCUUUACAUGAGCCACAAGCUUGUAAAGGUCAUGAAUGGAAAUGUGCAGUACCUCAGAGAAGCAGAAAGUUCAUCGUUCAUUGUUCUAAUUGGGCUCCCUCUUGCCACCCGGAUUGAUCCAUUGAAGCAGCCCCCGAGGCUUAAAGAGUCGGGAUGAUGAUGAGUGGAAGAAUAUAUACAUCCAUACAACUUUUAAGAAGGUACAAGGGACCAGGAUGCCUUGUGCUGCAAGUAACCUUGCUUAGACUAUAUAUAUAUAUAUUCCUUUUCUGGCUAUCCAAGCAUUUCGUGGGAUGUGAAUCUGCGGGGAAGCCGAGAAAUACGGGCAGUUACCACGGGAGAGCUGCAAGUGCAGGCUUGUUACAUUGUAUACUCUUUUACUCUGUUAUGAGUUGUAACUUGUAAGAAUGGUAGUAUGAUGCGAGUGGCGAUUCUUUUGUUUUUUUAGUUUAACGUUCCAAUGAGAAGCUUAAGCUUCGAAUCUGCCUUUCCUGUUCGUUGGAUGAGCUUAAUCGGCCAAAGUUAUGGCAUCUCUAAAAUGGGGUUUUCGUGAAGGGGAGAUGAUUUGUUUCCUCUUGGAGAUACAGCCAGGAAAUGGAUUCUGAACCGUGUAAAUAUAUCUUGCAAAUGAUGUGCAGUAAUGUUCUGUCAUGU